AUGAAGGGUUUCGCGCUUUCUACCGUCCUCGCUCUUGCGCCUGCUGCUCUCGCCGCAUGGCCCGAGGCUGAGGGCAAGUCGAUCAAGUACACGUCGGUUCCUGGUUACUUUCUGCAGGACGACAACGCCACUAACCCGACAGGCUUUGAUUAUGCCUCUGUCAACUUUGGUCUGCUCAACAGGACGUACCCGACGGACAAGCACUUCGAUCCCGAGGGUGUCAAGACCCAAUGGCAGCGUUUCGACCACUGGGUUCAGUACCUGAACUCAGGCUGCCGCAAGAGCGACAGUGUCCAGUACAAGCUGCUCUUCAUGGGCCGUCACGGUGAGGGCUGGCACAACGCCGCCGAGAGCUUUUACGGCACCCCUGCUUGGAACUGCUACUGGGCCGAGCAGGAAGGCAACGCCACCGCUCGCUGGGCUGACCCCCUUCUCACCCCAGCCGGCGCGGCAGAGGCGUACAAGGCCAACGCCUACUUCAAGGACCGAUACGAGACACAGAAGAUGCCAUACUUCGAGUCGUACUACACGAGUCCCCUCAUUCGCUGCGGUAUCACCGCCAACCUCACCUUUGGCGACAUCGCCCUGCCCGAGGACAAGCCUUUUGUGCCGCUGGUCAAGGAGGGUUUCCGCGAGGGCAUGACGGUUCACACGUGCAACUGGCGCUCCAACAAGACUUACAUCCAGGAGACUUUCCCUUGGUUCGAGUUCGAGGAGGGUUUCACUGAGUAUGACCAGCUUUGGCGGCACAACGAGAGCGAGACGGGCGAUGCACAAGACGCCCGCUCAAAGGCCGUCCUUGACGACGUCUUCCGCAGCGACGACAAGACCUGGCUCAGUAUCACCAGCCACUCGGGCCAGAUCACUCGCCUGCUCAAGGCUCUCAACCACCGCGCUUUCCGCCUGUCGACCGGUCAGAUCAUCCCCGUCUUCGUCAAGGCCGAGGUCAUCGAGCCGCAGCCGGAGCCGACGUUUGAGGCGCACGAGCCCUACUCUACCUGCGCAAGCCCGCCAAUCACCAGCAACGCCGCUCAGGGCUGUGUGUGCUCGACGGCUACGUCGGCGCUCCUCCCGGCCGCCACGUUCAUGGCUGCGUGA